CGUUCCUUUCCCUUUUAAAGACACUGAUGAUCACAGCGAUACAAUGCCUGAAGCUGAAGUUGUGUACUCUGAUGUAAAGUUCAAAAGAGACAAGGGAAAUACUCAUGGCAGCGCGUCCUCAUCGGCACCGCAUGAAACCACUUGCUCUGAAGUCAGGAUCGUGAAGAAGCAGCCAUCCACAGAGCUUCCUGAUACCCAACAGCAAUCUGAGUCAGGUCCACGAUGUAGAGUCACCUCAGAGAGAGCGGCUGUGUUUGUUCUCAGUGUUCUCCUGGCAGCUUCUCUCAUCGCUCUCGCACUGACCUUGUAUAAAAACAACCAAACCGAAGAAAGUCGGGCUGUGGAAAAGAAUCUCAAAGGGUACUCAUGUACAACAUGUCCAGUCGGCUGGGAGCGUUAUGGAGGGAAAUGCUAUUAUUUCUCCACCAAUAAAGCAACAUGGACAAGGAGCAGAGAUGAAUGCAGAUGCCAAGGAGGAGAUUUGGUUAAGAUAGAGAGCAGAGAGGAGCAGGAAUUCCUGGAGCAGAAAGUGAGAGUUAAGAUGACUCCAGACAAGUUCUGGAUCGGACUGACGGACUCAGAGACAGAGGACACAUGGCUGUGGACAGACGGAUCAGCACUGAACAGCAGCUUUCCUUUUUGGUCUAAAGGAGAGCCAAACAACGCUAAAGGGAGAAAUCCUGAUGGAGAGGAUUGUGUGAAGAUGGGGAAGAGAGGUGGAGCGACAGACCUGAAGUGUUGGAUUGAUCAAUCCUGUGAAGACCCUUACAGAAGUAUCUGUGAGAAACCAGUGUGAAUCUCACUGUGAAUCUGAAAGCAGUUCAGCUUAAGUCUCAGCCUGUUUAUCUAUCUCAGUACAGGAUGCAGAACGUGGAGCAGGGUGGUUUUUAAUAAAGCUCUUAUUUAAAUAAAAAUAAUAUAUACAGCCGUGCAAACAUUCAAAUGCAGUUUCUUGAAUGUGUUGAAUGAUUAAGAAAGGGAUCACAUGUAACAGAAGUUCAAUUUAACUUUAAACUAUAAAGGCACUGAAUUUGCACAAAAUAAGUGAAAGUCACUUUGGGCUCGGAGUAAUUGUGACAGCAUUUCUCCAUAUUAUCACAAUUUUUACAAAUCAAGCAAUCAUUCAAAUUAUGGAGAACUUAUUUAAGCAGAUUCAUCUAUAAUGAUUAUAUUCAUUGCAUUUCAAUACAAAACAUUUAAUAAUGAGAUCCAACUCCAACAACUCCAACAGUACAAUAAAAUGUAUGCAUUAGGCACAACAAUCUGAUCAGAUACGAGGUAGUAUAUUAUAACGAUCGCAGCUUUGAGUGCUUUUACUUAUUAAUAAUAUUGCAGGGCUUUUACUGGUGAUAGUAUAUUUUUUGAAUGGUAUUAUUACUUUAGAACGUAUUAGUUUACCUUCUGUCAAUCAACAUCUUGUUUAAGCAGUACUUAUAUAAACUGCUGUGUUUAACUUUUAACCAAACAUCAUACUU